AUGGACCGCUCCCUCGGCGAUUACUUCACUGUCCCCGCCGGCUCUGGGUCAGUCGUCACCUUCCCUGCCACGGCCAUCUUCCUCUCCCUCCUCGACCGCCGCCUCCUCCCGCUGCGGUACUGCCUCGCCGAGCACGUCUCCACGCCUCUCCAGCGCAUCAGCCUUGGCCAAGUGCUCGAUGCUGCCGCCAUGGCAGCCUCCGCAUUGGUCGAGCGGAGGCGGUCCGCCGUCUUGCACGCACACCAUGCCGAGGGCCGGGCCGGGUGGUUCGUGCCCAUGUCGACGCUAUGGGUCGUGCUGCCGCUGGCGAUGACUGGAGCUGCCGAGGCGCUGCACUUUCCAGGCCAAGUAGCCUCUACCACCAGGCAUUCCCCCAGCCGCUACGGAGCAUGGCAACAGCUAGCGAUGGUCUGGCGGAUCAUCGCCACCGGCUUUUACCUGAGCACAGCCGUUGUCGGCUUGAUUCGGGGGGCCACAAAUUGGCCGCCGGAUAACAUAGACACCUCUAGCCGUUGUCAGCUUGAUUGCUGCGCUAGGGAUGAUCAACUUUGGAUGAUACCUAAUCGGUGCAAAGCUUUACAAGUACCGGAGAGUAGCUGA